CUGAGGAUAUGUCUUCUGCAUAAAGUAGACUUCGCGCUUAUCUUGCAAACUCCACGCGUGGUGAGUAUCACCCACGAGAAUGAUCACGAAACUCGGCAGGGACCAUGACCGACAUACCGGAGACGAUCAAAGGUACAAGGAUAAAAGCUUGUAGCGAGUGUCGCCAGCAGAAACUUCGCUGCGAUGCUUCUAAGGACUACGCCCAGGCAUGCUCACGUUGCAAAAAGUUCGCGCUGGAAUGUGUCAUCUCCAAGUCAUUCCGGCGAGUCAGACGCCGCACAAAAUCCGAACUGCAGGCUGAACUGGAUCAACUGAAGCAACAGGUCAAGAAAAACCUACCGGCAUCGAACGCGCUACCGCCUCCGCCCGGCUAUCAUGGUUCGGAGCCCAGCCGGAUAGCCAUAGGAUCAGGUUCUUCCAUUCUCCCAAACACAGCAAGACAGUUGCCGUCGCUUGGCGAUGAAGCCUCGAGGAUCCAGCAAACUACUGUGCCUGCUAGGACAUCCCAGCAGACCGGGCUAUAUACGCCUCUGUCGACCACGCCAGUGGUUUCUUGCACUCUGCCGCAAAGCAUUCAAGGAUUGACUGUAGACGCUCGGGACAUCGAUGAAUGCUUCGCACUCUUUUUCGACAAGCACUUGUCGUAUAUGCCAAUAUUCGACAGCAAGCUGCAACCAAAUGAGUGCUAUAAAGCUUCCUCAUUCUUAUUCUGGACAAUUGUUGCCAUUGGGUCUCGAAGAUACACCAAAGACCCCACUCUAAUCCUCCUACUGGCACCCAAGGUAGUUGAUCUGGCCAAGCAAUCGAUAUUCACGAUGGAAAAAUAUCUACCGACGAUACAAGCUCAGAUACUCCUCUGCACAUGGCACAUGCCAAUCGAUACUCUCCAGAAAGACAUUGCUCCGACACUAGCUGGCGCAAUGUUGCAAAUGGCAAUGAACAUCGGGCUUCACGUAUAUGGUACUGUACAAGACUUCUCUAGGGUGCCACUUCGUUAUGAUCGGCAACAAAGGAACUUCCGCACCAGACUAUGGACGCUCUGUCUCCUAACGUGCCAAAGGGUCAAUAACGGCUGCGGCCUGCCUCCGAUCGUAGUAGCAGACACUUACAGUCACGAAGGCUACAAGGAAGAUCCAUUCGCCGGGAUGCACCCUAGUAUCUUUUUCCAGAGGAGGUUGAACCAGGUGCAUAGCGAAGCUGCCCUUCAGGUCGAGCGCGAAGCUCUAUCCAAAAAGCCCGAAGUCCGUAAUGCUGUUCUUGGGCCGACCAUCAACGACGGUUUGUCCGUUUUGAGUGCAUUGAAUGCAGAGUGUCCAUCGAGCAUCGAUCACCUUUUCCUUCUCAGUUGCCAGCUUCAACUUGCCGCCUGCCAUCUGCUGGCCUCCACAAUCAGCGAGGUGGAUCUCGCUGGCCUGUAUGGGAAAGCGUGCUCCAUUGUCGAGUUCGCGCUCGAACUAGACGAACAGGAAGACCUGGCAGAGGUUGCCCCGACUGCAUCGUCCUUUGCACUGAAUCUUGCGGCUUUGGUCAUUUUCCGAGUCGGCAAGUCUCACAUCUCGGACAGCCUGGACAGUAAACGAGGGCAGAAGUGCUAUUUUACGGUCAUUCGCAUGAACAAGAAACAUAGCGUAAGAUCGGACGACCUUGCGGCUAGAGCUACCAUCAUCCUUCCCCAACUGUGGACCAGUAAGAUGGUGGUCAAACAGCCAGACGGCACACCCAACAGUCUGUGGCUCCGCUGCCGAAGCAGACUAGGCUCCAGCGUGACCUAUGACAGUUACUGGCUCUGGCGACAGGAGUUCGGGGGUCAGCCCAACCCAUAUGACGGUGUUGAAGAAGUAGUGACCGACAAUACCGGCAGACCUGCCUCUGAGGUCACACCGGGACUGGACUUCAAUCAAAUGGGUGUUGGAUGGUCACCGGAGACAUUAUUCCAGGAUUUCCAGUGGCCUCUUUUUGACGAAUUUGCAUACGACAACAGCUGGGAAGUAAACGAACAGCUAGUAUUGCCAUGAUUGAUGACGGCCACCGAGACAAGUUAAUCCUAGACCGCGGACGUCCGCGCUUGUCUUCUUGCUCAGCACCAUCUCACUCAUCAGAAGUCCUGUCCCCAAACUCAAGCUGAUGCCCCAUGGUCCAUGGCCAGAUGCGAUAUACACGCCACCAUUUCCGACCUUGAUACCGCCCAGAUUCUUCUCCGGGAUUCGACCUAUCAGUGGGGUUCCUCUGUCAGAGACGGGCCUGAAGCAGAGUCCUCCUCUGACAAGCUCCAAAUCAUCAUGGUGCAAGUCAUCGCCCUCAUUGGCCAAACCUGUCAGUUGGACAAUCGUCUUGCGCAGA